AUGAGAAACCUUGCCGACCAAAAGGUUAGUGAAAAUUUUCUAAAAACCUUGUGGCUGCAACGCCUCCCAUUGAACAUGCGCAGCAUUCUAUCAGUCAGCAAUGAUGAUUUAAAUAAAUUGGCCACCAUGACUGAUAAAAUUUGGGGCCUCCGAUUACCCAAUAAUUACAAUUUGGCUUCCGUGUCACAGGCUAAUGAGUCGAUGGUUACUUUGGAAUCCCUCCAAAAACAGAUAACGGAUCUUUGGAUACAGGUGAAAAAUUUAAGCAAAAGAGGACGUUCCUCAGCACGUCGUCAGUAUAGUGGGAAGGCCCACAGCAAAUCUGGCAGCCGCAAACUCACCGAUAAGCACGGAAUAUUAAACUUUCAUUUAAAGUUUGGAGAUAAAGCGUAUAAAUGCCUACAAUCAUGCAGUAUGUCUCUUCAACAGCAGCGUGAGAGCCCCGACGUGCAGGAAAACUAA